ACGGAGAGUGUCUGGAAGUCGAUUGAUAUAGGCCGUUUCAUUCCACCACUCCUUCAAGCAGACACACUGUAAGGCCAAUUAAUUUCCGCAAGCUAUUUGGAAAGCAAUAGUAAGGGGAUAAUGGCCUUGCAAAGGUCGACAUACCUAGCGCGUACGGCGCAGGGUGUCUACGGAGCUAUUCAACGACCUUCGCUGCUUCACAGUUCUACGUCACCAAUUCUCUGCGCUUCGUCGCAAUUCCUAAGGCAGAAACAACAGCGAAAUAAUUUCUCGACUUCAAUCCGACGUCAUGCCGAGGAACUUGAAAUGGUCCGGGCAGCCCCAGAAAUCGACUUCAACAAUUUCCAAAUACGACCAGCACGUAUAGUCCCGGCGUCGCCGGCAUACUUCUCUGGUAGUCCCAAGUUUAUCGACCACCAGAUCAGACUGGAACGACUCUUAGAGAAAUAUGCGCAGGUACCGACAGUGCAAGCCGCGGAAGCGCCUCGAAUGGCAUGGUUCAAACUGGCACAAUUUCGAGACUUGCUAGGCGAACCUAUUCCCGCCAAGAAAUACAAAAACUUCCAAAAAGUACUCCAGCGACUCAACAGAAUCCAGCCAAGCUUGUUACCUGAAGAGGUUCGAGAGGCAUUGUAUAGCUACGUUCGUCCAGGUAACCCGUACGCCAACAAACCUGCUCCAGCAGUGGUGGAUGAGUUCGGUCGAGCGCGCGGAAAGGGAAAACGAAAGGAAUCCUCUGCGGUGGUCUUUCUUGUAGAGGGAGACGGAGAAGUACUCGUGAAUAACAAAAACAUUGUGGAUGCUUUUCCCCGAGUGCACGACCGAGAAAGUGCGCUGUGGGCGUUGCGAUGCACGCAACGGCUCGACAAAUAUAACGUCUGGGCUAAAGUUUCGGGUGGAGGAGUAACAGGACAGGCGGAAGCCAUUACAUUGGCUGUUGCACGAGCUUUGAUGGUUCAUGAGCCAGCGCUUAAACCAGUCUUACGAAAAGCCGGUGUUAUCACAGUCGACGCCCGUCGUGUCGAGAGAAAGAAACCUGGUCAUGUCAAGGCGAGAAAGAUGCCUACCUGGGUCAAGCGAUGAUGGGUUGUGCUUGGAAGUGUGUCAAUACUAUAUCUUUCUUUUAUUUGUAUUAUAUCAGCAUACAUGGCGAUAAUGUUACGAAAACCAGCCUUUUAUCCCGCUUCUCGCUCCUAUGCUUGUGGAUUGUAAUAGCAAUA